CGGGGGCAGGUUGUCAGCGGUGACAAACGGAAGUGUCGCUGACGGUUCCCGACCUUCGCCGCCGAGCCGGGAGCCGGGGAGAUGGCUGACACCGACCCCAAGAACGUGCAGGACCUCACCUCAGUGGUGCAGACGCUCCUGCAGCAGAUGCAAGACAAGUUCCAGACCAUGUCGGACCAGAUCAUCGGGAGAAUCGACGACAUGAGCACGCGCAUCGACGACCUGGAGAAGAACAUCGCCGACCUCAUGACCCAGGCCGGGGUGGAAGAACUGGAAGGCGAGAACAAGAUCCCCGCCACACAGAAGAGUUGAAGGUUGAUAUUCUCCACUGAAAUCUGGAACAUCAUCUUCUGAGCCCAGGAAAAGCGAGUGGCUUUCACACCUACCUACCCUGUGUAGUAGCUGGGUUCAUAUUCCAGAGCACAUUGUUACCGUGUCCUGUAAAGUUAGUUCAUAGAGUACUCCCCCCAAGUUCCCCAAACAUGGUGUCUUCACAUCUUGAAACUUGGUCAGUUGCCUCCUAAUUAUUAAACACGGAAACUUUGGUAGACCCUGCAUAACAUUUUCCAAGUUUUUAGUGCA